UCUCUCAGCCUGCCUCCAUAGCAGAGGUGCUCCAGCCGUACAAGCAUCUUUGUGGCCUCCUCUGGACGUGGUUCUGUAUCAAUCCUAAAUUUAACCACAGAAAAUAGUAAUUAUUAACAAGCAUGAAGGUGUUUUAGGAGACUGUUCAGAUCCCUAUAGCUUAUUAGAGAGAAAAUACAGUGUUGUUAACUUUGCUGAAGCACCACCGUGGUUUAAUCACUGCAGUGUGAUUAAAUGAUGGAAGUCCUGGUGUGUUUUUGAAAUGAGAAGAAAAUAAUUGAGUAUUUAGUAAACAAAGGUCUGGUUCUAACCACACAAACACAUGUUUUAGGAGUACUCAGUCCCCUCAAACUCAGCAGUGCGAAUAACAGUACUUCUAUAAAAUUCAGCGUGCCUGUAGAGACGAGACCUCAGCGUGAGAUGAGAGAAUUAUUUUGUUAGCAUCUGCAGAAAAAGUUGGAGAGUUUCAAACAGUAGUGAACUGGUGAGUUGUUUAAGUAGAACCUUUCUGGGUUAAACUUAAACUCUAAAAAGAACACUGUCCCUAUGAAAAGGUUAAAAGACAUUUAGAUUCAUUUUUUUCCUCAGAAUUUCUUCUGUUUCUUGUUAAAAUGUGAGAAAGAAAAUCGUGUGCUUAUAAUUCUACUCAUACUUUAAAAUGUAUACCCUAGAUCUGACAGUGCUGGCGUGAGCAGAAGUUCAUGGUGCCUUCCAGGUUUGCUGCUUAGUUAAAUACUGCUCUCAAACGGAUCCAUCUGGCAAGUUCUACACUCUAGACACCAAAUUAACCCAGAUGGUACAGUUCAGAAGUCUCACAAGAUUUUAUUAGUGGGUAUUUUAGCACUUAUUUGAUAUACUUGUACAAAAAAGAAAAAAUGAUUUCAGAAUUUGCAGGAAUAACUGCAGCAUUGCUCUGCAGUGAAGGUGAAGAAGCUGUAAAAUGAGACAGAGGAGGAGGGAGGGAUGGUGAGCUCAGGUUUAGGCAGGGUGAGUGUUUCCCCGCAGCCGGGGACAGGUGUAAUGCACCCAUCUCUCCUUUCAUCACUGGAAAAGAAACACAGAGCUGCUUGCUGAUUUAUAUUUUACAUAUAGAUAUAUGCCUAUAUGUAUGAUUAAAUAUUAGGAACAAAUUCUUCCCUGUGAGGGUGCUGAGGCGCUGGCACAGGGUGCCCAGAGAAGCUGUGGCUGCCCCAUCCCUGGCAGUGUUCAAGGCCAGGUUGGACACAGGGGCUUGGAGCAACCUGCUCUAGUGGAAGGUGUCCCUGCCUGUGGCAGGGGUUGGGACUGGGUGAGCUUUAAGGUCCCUUCCACCCAAACCAGUCUGGGAUUCUAUGAUUUGAGUUUGGCAGCGUUUGAGUGUUACUGAAUUCAAGGAUUGGGAGAAACCCAACAACAACAUAAAAAUAAGAUAAAACCUAAAUGAAAGAUAAACCUAAAAAGCAGGUUUUUGCUCGAAAUCUGACCAUAGGCCAGGAGAUGAAAACUGGUAUGAAGUUAUCUGUUAUGCAUCAAGUGAGAUGCAUCAGAUCCAGGGGUCUAGGAGGUUUCAAGACGUCUAUUUCAAUUCUGCGAUGUGUCAGAGAUGCUGGAGACAUCUUGGUUUUAGGUUCGCUGUGUGCAGGACCCAGCAUUCACACAGCUACCGGGUGUGUGGGGUAACCGCAGUGCGAUGGCGAUUUCAUCAGGACACCCUGGGACAGUGUCCCUGCGCCAGCCUCGGGCUGUGGCGAGGCGAUCCCCGCACCCGGGGCCGCCUGAGGCGCUCGCCCCUGGGCAGUGCCGGACCCCAGCCCGGGGGCUGCGAGGCGCUCCGGGAUGGGUUUCCACGCGAGCCCGCUGCUCCCCGGCCCGCACAGGCCGCGGUUGCCCGGGCGACCAUGGCGGGGCGGGGAGCGACCCGGGCGGAAGCAGUCGUGGUGCCCGUCCGGGUCGGCAUGGCGGCGGGAUGCCGCUGGUGGUGCUGUGCGGGCGGCGGGGCAGCGGGAAGAGCCGGCGUGCCGCGGAGCUGCGGGCGGCGCUGGGCGGGCCGGAGCGGCAGGCGCACGUCGUGGCCGAGGCGGAGGGCGGCCGGUCGGCGCUGCGGGCCGAGGUGGAGCGGCUGCUGAGCCGGCGGGACGUGGUGAUCGUGGACGCGGGUAACGAGCUGCGGAGCAUCCGCUACGAGCUGUACUGCGCGGCGCGGCAGGCGGGCACGGCGCGCUGCCUCCUGCACUGCGCCGGCGGCCCGGGCGGCCCCGACGAGCCGCCCUUCGAAGCUCCCGACCCGCAGAACCGCUGGGACCGGCCGCUGUUCACGGUGCACGGGGAGGAGCCGCUGCCGCUGGCCGCCAUCCGCGCAGCCCUUUUCGACAGCGCCCCGCCGCCGCCGCACCGCGCCACCCGCACCCAGCCCCUGCAGUCCUCCAGCUUCCUCCACCAGCUCGACCGUGUCACCCAGGAGGUGCUGGCCGCCGUCAUGGACGCCCAGAGGAGUGGGGCGCAGCCCGGGGAGCUGGUCCGUGUCCCCGGUGUCGCCGAAGGGCUGGUGCUGAGCCGGCCCGUGAGCAUGGCCGAGCUGAGCCGGCUGCGGAGGCAGUUCAUCAGCUACACCAAGAUGCAGCCCAGGGAUGAAAACUUGCCCCAGUUGGCCGGCAUGUUCCUGCAGUACCUGAGCCGCAGCAUCCAGUGAGCCUGCCAUCUGUGCCGUGGUCUGGUCACGCAGGCUUCCAGCCACAGGUCCCUCAGAGCCUGGGCCCCAUCUAUCGCAUCAGCAGCUCUGGGGAGAUGGAUGAUGCCCAGUCCCUGCAGCAAGAUGUACUGCUAAGAGAAUCCCUUUAGGAAUUUAGGUCCCCCAUCCCUUUGUAUUCUCCCCACUUGCAUCUUUCAAAAAGGAGAGCUACUGUUGCAUCCCCAAGCAAGUGAAGUCUCCUAUGGAGAUGUAAACCCCAGUGAUCAAAUAGCAUCUGAACAUGGAAGCCCAGAAGGUGGUGACCAUAGGGAAGACUUUUCCGCUGUGUAUUAGCAUGUGUAUGUCUUGAAUAAGAAGAUUGUUUUUCCAAGGGUGUCUCCAGAUGAUGUCAAACUGCAGAAGAGACUUCAGAUCUAGAACAGGCUGUGUUUUUAGGAUGUGACUGUAUCAAGAAAUCCCACUGAACCCAAGAGAUAGAUUUGCAGACUCUGCACUACAGAAUGGUGCUGUCUCAGUAAACUCAGACCUCUCUGUUUCAGGUUUAACAAUAAAAUGUGUGCCUUAAAUGGAGUAAAGUCUUAAUUUGCCUGUGGGACUAUUUCAUUGAAAUAACCUGCUAUGUCUUUUCUCUGCAAGGUCAUCAUUAAACACCUUUAAAAUGCUAAUUAUCAAGAAUGAGUGCUCUUGUAGGAAAAAUGUGCUAAAGUGACUGUGUUCUGGGUGAAACUCUCCCGUAAGUCUGUACCAGCUGUGAUAGGUGACUUAGUUUUGUGCUUAGUUUCAAAUAAUUCCGGUCUUUGCUGUACCACAUACAGAGCUUAUACAAACUUGUCACUCUCUGGUGGAUGCUUCACCAUUUUAAUAAAUUGUGGUUGUUGGUUGUCAUGGCA